UUGGAGGAACAAUGGAUCAGCGCCAGUCCCUGUGCUGGUUCUUUUCCUCUCUCCGUCCAGCUGCUGUGCGUUUUUCUGAUCUGCGUCCUGGCGCUCCACCAGUGUCCGGCCAUGCCGCUGAGCAGCCAGUGUGUGGACGAGUCCUUCUGCACGUCCAGCCUGCAGGACUACUACAGCCAGCUGGUCAACCUGCCCAGCCACAUCAACGAGCGCAGUCUGGCCACCUGGAGCUACGUGGAGAACAUCAACCUGGACCGCAUACCUCAGGUCAUCCACGAAGCCAGCUGCCACACCAGCCACACCUGCAGCGGGUUCGACCACGCCUUCGCCCUGGAGACCAUCCCCGUGUCCCUACGGGUGCCGGUCCUGAAGAAAAACCCCGCCUGCUUCCCCUCGGCCAGCUACUCCCUGGAGUUUGAGCUGGUCACCGUGGCGUGUAUAUGUGCCAUCUCCCGCCUGGGCUGA